GUAGCUUCACAUUUGAUUCAAAGGGUCUGACGCCUUUUGGCUCUCUUUAUAAAUAAGCUGUCGUUUAGACUAUAGGUUGCGCUUAACCACACCCCGCUGUCGAAGCACAGACCCCUCGGGAUAUUUUUAGCUCGGAUGAUGUCCGCUGUCAUCUAACGGAAAGAUCAUCCCGGAAUCACAGAGCGAACCAGCACGGUGUCUGCGCUUGAGUCGCUUUAUCUAACAUGAGGACUCAAAGCGCUUUUAUUAUAUGGACUGCGAUGGUUCUUCAUUUGUCUAUCAUAAAAGGUCAGACCACAGACACAUCCCCAGACGUGAGGUCCACUCUGAAUGAAGUCACUCUGAAAAAUCGCAUGACUUCAGCAAGUGACAUUUUGGAAUCACGAGCCACUACAGCCUAUCAAAGCGUCUCCUCUCCUUCAGUGGAUUUCACAACAGAGGUCACACCUACUGUUCCUCCUCCAUCACAGUCAUCCAAAGACGCUGUAGUGCACAAUGACACCUCUCCUUCACCAGCCAUCUCACAACAGACCCCUGCACUACAAGAAGUCACCACCCUCAACACGGACACAGUCUCGGUACCAGGUUCUUCUACUAGCAGCACGUCAAUUUCUUAUUUGAAGAGCACCGUUUUAUAUUCAGUAGCCUCCACAGCUCCUGCAACAUCCAUCAGUCCAAGUGAAGGACCUCAGGCACUGAGGUCUACUCCAGCCAGCAGCAUGAUCCAGACAACACAAACAGCUCCGCCAUUCACCCCCACUUACCCUCAGACAUCUCAGGUCGUCCUGACCAGCAGUUCAAAGGUAACUGGACCUGCUCCUUUGGAAGACCAGGAUGAACCUUCUGAACUGGAUGUGGGGGAUCAAGAGUCAGGGAAGGUUCCCCACCGCCCUGCAUCACCCCUGGACCCCCUGCUCGCUGCUCUGGUCACCAUUUUCAUUAUUUGCACUGCCAUGGUCUCAGUCGUCCUCUUCCUCAGGUUCCGUCAACGGAGUGAGCAUCCAGAAUUCCACCGGCUUCAAGACCUCCCUAUGGAUGAUCUCCUUGAAGACACGCCAUUGUCAAGAUACACCUAUUAGCAAGAGUGAAUUCCACUAUUUCAUUAUCUGAUUCCUCAGGCAACCAGUGUUGUUAUUGGUGCAAAUCCCCUGAAAGAUGUCUUUCACAACUGAUCUCUGAUUCUGGGUUUUUCUGGGCUUUGAUGCUAAAAUGUGGUUGUGUAAUAUUGGAAUAGAAAAUUUAGUUAUUUUCCUAUAUUAUGAAACCCAUUAAAAUAAAAUAAGGGUUCCAGAAAAUAGAAUACAAUAAGAUAAUCAGUCUUGUUCUAUGUUAAAAACUUCACAGUUUCUUAAUAAACAGGU